AGGUUUCGUGAAGCUCCGAAUAUUGACGGUGGAAAUGAUUUGAACAACCACGGAGGUCAUCAUUCAAGUCUACUAAAAGAAAAGAUGGAAAAGCAAUGCAGCUGGCGGACGCGACGGCGGCACUGCAGGUGAAGCCAGCCCACCAUGGCGCCGACGCUGCCUCUGGCGCUGCUCCUGCUGGCCGCGGCCGCGCACGGCUACCUGGUCCUGGUGCCGGACUCCGCGCCGCCCGGCCACACCGUCCUCGACGCCGCCGUCUACAAGCUCGGCUCCGAGCGCACCUACACCAUCGACGUCCACCGCACCGCCAACUUCGUCCACCACAUCAUCAGGGUCAACAGAACCACCGGCCUCGUCUCUCUUCGCAAACGACUCAGAUGCGAUGGCGUCCUCUAUCCCAACAUCUUCACCUUUUACGUCGAUUCCACAUCCGAACGCAUUCGCGACAUCGACUACUACAGUCUACCUAUACGAGUCUUAGUCACCGGUGAGGACUGCAGCAGACGACAUGCCGAUCUCUAUGACAUCGACUUCGACAGAGUCUACGACCAGGAGGACUCGGCUUUACAGUACGAAGACGACCAUGUCAGGGAUAAGAGAGCAGUAUUCUCCGAACCGAUGGACUGGAGGCUAUUUGAGGAGGAGGAGCUUGAAACUAGUCAUUAUAGUGUACUCUCCACGGCCUAUCCGUGGUCCGCUGCCAUGUUCGAAGAUUUUGCAGCAAGAAAUAGAAGUAGAAGGCAGAAACGAUCUCAUACUUUAGUACCUUUCGACAUGGCCGUAGAUGUGAAAAUAGCCGAAGCUAAACAAUGGAUAUCUGAGACGUACGCCAGCUUCUCGAUACCAACCACGGAUAGGUGGCAAGGAAUCUGUUUGAGAAAAUCUCAAUUUGUGAAUUCUUUGACGGCUUUCCUACCGCGGACAGUACAGAAGAUGUGUAAAGUGCAGUUUCUAGCAGUGAGCGAUCCUCGGUUUAUGAUCGAGACUAGUCAAGGCGAUUUAGUGGCCAGUGGUGAUGUGUGUAUCCAGGAGCCAAUGUGGAAAGUGUCAGUUCUGUUCACGUUCAACUGUGACCGGACUAAUAUAGUGGACUCUGAUCAUCGGCUGAAGAUAGUGUACCAUCACCAGGAGCUGAACGACACUGAUAUUGCGAAGCGGGUGAAGAGGGAGUUGCGGAAUCAGUCGCCUUAUUUUGAACAAGCUUUGUACGUGGCUUCUGUUGCUGAGGAGCAGCCUCCGGGAGUCGUGGUCACUACAGUUCGAGCACGCGAUCCCGAGAACAGUCCAGUGACGUAUUCCAUGUCGAGCCUCCUGGACUCCCGCUCAGCCGGCAUGUUUGCUGUGGACACUCGCACCGGCGUCGUCACCACCCAGGCGCGACUGGACAGAGAGAGGCUGGACGUGCAUUACUUCAGGGUCGUGGCGCAGGAUGAUACCUUCCCGCCUAGGAGCGGGACCACCACCCUGCAGAUCAAUGUCCUGGACUGCAACGACCAUGCGCCCGUAUUCGAGAUGCAGCAAUACGAGGCGUCGGUGAGGGAAGGCGCCAGUCCCGGCACCACCGUGCUGACCCUCAAGGCUACCGACCAGGAUAUCGGCAAGAACGCUGAAGUGGAAUACUCAAUCGAAUCGGUGAUAGCAGAGAACCUCAAUCCAGACGACGCCAACGAGUCAAUAGACGUCAGUUCCGAGCAGUCCGACAUCCAGGAUGUGUUCAGGGUGGAUGGAAGAAGCGGCGCCUUGCUAACCAGGGCCUCCCUGGAUAGAGAGAAAGUGGCCAGAUACACUGUCAUCGUCAAGGCCACCGAUCAAGCCAGCCCUGUGUCCGAUCGGCUUUCUAGCACAGCGACAAUCCACGUGAAUAUCUUGGACGACAAUGACAACUACCCGCAGUUCAGCGAGAAGACGUACACAGUCACGGUGGAUGAGGACAUCAGCGUAGCUGACAACCCGGUCGUUGCGAGAAUCAAAGCAACAGAUGCGGAUGUCGGUGCGAACGCAGCGAUCCGCUACGCCAUCAUCGGCGGCAACACGCAGAUGCAAUUCUCCAUCGACAGUCUGAGCGGGGAUGUGUCUCUGGUCAAACCGCUGGAUUAUGAACAGCUGAGGAGCUACAGGCUUGUUAUAAGGGCGCAAGACGGAGGCAGCCCAUCCCGCUCCAACACGACCCAGCUGUUGGUGAACGUCCGCGACGUAAACGACAACUCGCCCAGGUUCUACACGUCGCUGUUCCAAGAGUCAGUCAGCGAGAAUGUGCCCGUGGGAUAUAGUAUUGUCAGGGUGCAAGCCUACGACGCGGACGAAGGCGUCAACGCUGAGCUGACGUACACACUUUCGGACAAGGAGUAUAGUGGAAGUGAACUGCCCAUCACCAUCGAUCCGCGAUCGGGCUGGGUCUACACUUCGGGACAGCUGGAUCGAGAAACACAGGCCAAAUACCAGCUGCAGGUGACAGCUACCGACGGCGGGACCCCGCCCCGUUCUGCCACCGCAUCAGUAGUGGUGGUAAUCCAGGAUGUCAAUGACAACGAUCCUGUAUUCGCGCCCGCGCAGUAUGACGUGGAGAUCGCCGAAGACGAGCCGCCCGGCACGCCGCUCGUCACUGUCACGGCUACGGAUGCUGAUGAAGACAACAGAUUGCACUACGAAAUCACCGGUGGCAACACCCGCGGUCGAUUCUCCAUCACAUCCCAAAACGGGCGUGGACUCAUCACAGUUGCACAGCCACUAGACUUCAAGCAAGAACGGCGAUAUGUACUCACUGUCACUGCUACAGACAGUGGUGGCCGUUCUGACACAGCUAUGGUUCACAUCAACAUCACUGAUGCCAACAACUACGCGCCGGUGUUUGAAAACGCACCUUAUACUGCUGCGGUAUUCGAAGACGCACCAAUAGGCACGACAGUCCUCGUGGUAUCAGCUACCGACAGCGAUGUUGGUGUCAAUGCUCAGAUCACAUACAGCCUCAGCUCGGAAAUAUCCAACGAGGCGGUGGCGCACCACGACCAGGAGUUCGUGAUCAACCCGCAAACUGGCGCCAUUACUACGAAUAAGCUGCUGGACAGAGAAACUAUGAGUGGAUACCUCUUGACAGUAACUGCCAGAGAUGGCGGAGUGCCCUCUCUAUCUGACACGACAGAUGUAGAGAUAUCCGUCGUAGACGUAAACGACAACGAACCCGUCUUCAAGCAGCAACUGUACACCGCCAACAUUAUGGAGGACGCUUUAGUCGGAACUUCUGUCACUCAAGUGAGCGCGACAGAUGCAGACGUAGGCCUCAACGGCCGCGUUCACUACGAACUGGACACCAGAGACAGGGAGGAAGGUUCCUUCGUCAUCGACCCCGCAUCUGGCGUCAUAAGAACCAACAAGGCUCUGGACAGAGAAUCUGUGGCUACUUACGACUUGAAAGCACUGGCCAUUGAUGGUGGAACCCCGCCUCAGAGUUCAACGGUGAUCGUGCACAUAAAAGUGGAGGACAUCAACGACUCACCGCCAGUCUUCGAAAGCGACUGCCUGACCUUCUACGUGCCUGAGAACAGUCCUAUAGGAACCACUGUGGGGGAGAUAUACGCACACGAUCCUGACGAGGGGGUUAAUGCUGUGGUGCAUUAUUCUAUCAAAGGCGGUGAUGACUCCAACAGCUUCUCCCUCGAAGUGCGCCAAGGGUCUGACAAGGCAGAACUGAUCACAAUGGUCGACUUGGACUACGAGAGUCCCCGCAAGAAGUACGAACUGGUCAUCCGAGCGGCUAGCCCGCCUCUGUGGAAUGACGUCAGAGUCGAGAUCCUGGUGACAGAUGUCAACGACAACGCGCCUAUGAUGAAGGACUUCCAGAUUAUAUUCAACAACUAUAAGGAUUGCUUCCCUGUGGGGCCGUUUGGGAGGGUCCCGGCGUAUGAUGCUGAUGUCACUGAUAAGCUCCAAUAUCGGAUAUUAUCGGGCAAUAACGCUAAUCUAGUGCUACUAAACGAGACCACGGGAUCCAUGACGUUAUCACCGCAACUCAAUACCAACGUUCCAAAGCUGGCCACCAUGGAAAUUUCUGUCUCAGAUGGUGUAAACGAAGUGAAAGCGAUGAUGCAACUGUCAGUUCGACUGAUAACCGAAGAAAUGCUGCUAAACUCUAUCACCGUGCGACUAAACGCUAUGACGGCGGAGCAGUUUCUAUCACCAUUACUGGGCUUCUUCGUGGAUGGCUUAGCGGCUAUCGUCCCAUGCCCUAAGGAGAACAUUUAUGUGUUUAGUGUGCAGGACGACACAGACGUGACGGGCAACAUCCUAAACGUGUCGUUUUCGGCGCGUCGACCGGACGCAGAGGUCGGCGUGGCUGGUGAUACUUCACAGUACUACUCGCCGACGCACCUGCGCGAGCGGGUGUACCUGCACCGCGCUACGUUGGCCAGGCUAGCUACAGUACAGGUCCUCCCAUUCGACGACAACGUAUGCGUGCACGAGCCCUGCCUGAACUUCGAGGCGUGCCUCACAGUACUAAAGUUCGGUAACGCGUCGGGCUUCGUGGCCAGCGACACCAUGCUAUUCCGGCCUAUUUACCCCGUCACCACCUUCACCUGCCAGUGCCCUUAUGGAUUUACGGGUUCAAGAGAGCACUACAUGUGCGACACAGAGGUAGACCUGUGCUACUCGUCGCCGUGCAACAACAACGGCACGUGCGUGCGGCGUGAAGGCGGCUACACGUGCGUCUGCGCACCUGGAUAUACCGGUGUAAACUGCGAGACCAUACUAACCAAAGCCACGUGCUCAGUGAACGGAGACGGGUCAAUAUGUCGCAGCGGGUCCCAAUGCGUGGCUCGACGCGAAGGCGGCAUAUUGUGCCAGGGGUGUGCCAUAGACGCGGCUUAUACCACUGCCAUGUGCGAGCUGAAGGCUAGAAGCUUUCCUACGUCAUCAUUCCUGACCUUUCCUGGCUUGAAGAGGCGGAACCGACUGCAUUUGAAACUCAAGUUCGCAACGCAAGCAUCGUCAGGCCUUCUCCUAUACAACGGUCGCUACAACGAGCGUCACGAUUUCGUCGCCCUUGAAUUGGUGGGCACAGGCGCAGGGCGGGCGGGCGGAGCGGGACUGCGCUUCACGUUCGCGCUGGGCGGCGGCAAGACUGAGCUGACUGUCGCUGCUGACGUGGCUAAUGGCAUGUGGCAUACGGUGGAGAUCCAGUACUUGAAUAGGACUGCGACCAUGACAGUGGACGAUUGCGACAAGGACUUAUCGCUAGCCGGUGCGGCGGACUUUGGCCAGAAGUACGCAUGUGCGAACCUCACCAGGAAGAUCCUGCCGCCUCGUUGUGAUAUCGCUACUGAGACUUGUCACAGAUUCCUGGAUCUAACGGGUCCUCUCCAAAUCGGUGGCUUGCCCAACAUCCCGAGUAGUUUCCAAGUGAAGACCAAGGAUUUCGUCGGCUGCAUUUCUGACUUCUACAUCGACCACAAGUUUAUCGACUUGAACAGCUACGUAGCAGAUAAUGGCACCCUAGCCGGCUGUCCCGAGAAGCGGUCCCAGUGUAGUUCCGCGCCGUGCUUUAAUGGUGCCGAGUGCCGGGACCUGUGGGACACUUACAUCUGCGACUGUACGGAAGGAUACACGGGGAAAGACUGCGGGGAAACAACACCCCCGCCAUGGCGGUUCAGCGGCGACGGGAUGCUAUCAUUCAACCCGCUGCUACGACCCAUCCAGCUGCCGUGGCUCAAUGCGCUGUCUCUCCGCACGCGGCAAACCGACGCCUUCCUCGCCUCCAUACAAGUGGGCCAGAACAGCUCCAUACUCAUCAGCCUAAAAUCCGGUCUCCUCCACUACGCCUACAAUGGAGAAUCCAUGUUCCUUCCAUCAAUGAACCUGGCUGACGGCGUGUGGCAUCGCGUCGAGAUCAAGUGGCUAGGAACUGACAUUUCUGUCGCCAUCGACUAUGGGCUUCGUACUGCCUUGCUUCCGAUGCUGGCCAAUAAGGUCCAGGGCCAGUAUAUUGGGAAGAUCCUGAUCGGUGGACCGGAUAGCACUGCUGGGCUAUUGGCGUCGGAAGUCGGGUACUUUGAAGGGUGUAUUCAGGAUGUUCGAGUGGGAACGAGUCAAUCUUUAUUGAACCGCCCAACAGUGAGAGAGAAUGUGAGGGACGGCUGCCAAUCCCGCGCUGACUGUAUGCUGUCGAUUUGCCCGCCUUAUAGCCAAUGCGUAUCCUCCUGGGACACGACGGAGUGCGAGUGCGACGCGGGCCGCGUGGGGCCGGCGUGCGUGGCGGCGUGCGAGCUGGCCCCAUGUGGCCCGCACUCGCACUGCGUCAGCCACAGCGGCGGCCGCGGCUAUCGCUGCGAUUGCGACGAGGGAUAUGUCAUGACGGAGGAGGGCUGCGUGGCGGGCGGCGCGCUGGAGUGCCCGGGCGGCUGGUGGGGCGCGGGCGCGUGCGGGCCGUGCCAGUGCGCCGCGCGCGGCCUGCACCCGCACUGCCGCCGCGACACCGGCGCGUGCCACUGCAAGGAAAACCACUACAAGCCCGAAGGCUCGGAAGACUGCCUCCCCUGCCAGUGCUACGCGGCGGGCUCGCUCAACAGCUCGUGCGAGACCACCAGCGGCCAGUGCUACUGCCGCGGCGGCGUCAUCGGCCGCGCCUGCGACUCCUGCGCCAAUGUUUACGCUGAGGUGGCGCCUAACACUGGCUGCGAGGUGGUAUACGAUGGCUGCCCGCGUUCGUUCUCACAUGGUGUCUGGUGGCCGAGAACUAAGUUCGGUAUCGAAGCUGCAACUGAUUGUCCUUCAGGAACAAGCGGCCGGGCUACUCGGAUGUGCGAUGAUACCCAAGUGAUUCCCUGGCAAGAACCGGACAUGUUCAAUUGUACUACUUCCACUUUCUACCAACUGAGGAACCAGCUACACAAGAUAGAAACCGGUGAACUAUCAGUGAAUACUUUCGUGGGUGUUCGUCUCGCCGAAGACCUGGCCUCGGCCUGCCGUAAUACAGCACAGCUUUAUGGAGCAGAUGUGUUAGUGGCUGAAGGCAUCUUAUUGGAGCUCAUACAGUAUGAGCUGAGGCAGGCUGGACUGAACCUUACGCACAGCCAGGAUAAGGAUUAUGUUCGGAACAUAAUAAAAUCCUCCAACACGAUCCUAAGCCCGACUUACGACAAGGAGUGGCGGCGCAUCCGCCAGCUGACCGGCCAUGGCGUAGAGGAGUUGUUACAAAAGUACGACAAGUACAUAGCCGUGCUAGCGGAGAGUCAGCACGACACCUACACCAGUCCCUUUGAGAUCGUCACCAGUGAUUUGGUAAUCGGCGUGGACAUCGUAACAGCGGAAUCGAUAUACGGUUUCGAGCCGACCCAGCUCAACCGUUUGAACCUGGAGUCAUACACCACAGAACGCGUCAUCUUACCUGAUACAUCAGCUUUCAUACACUCGCCCAUACAACCUUCGUACGGCAACGGGAAGGUUAAGAAGAAGCCGUCAAGUCCGACUGUGUCGUUCCCCAAGUAUAACAACUAUGUGAGGAGUAAGAACAAGUUCGAUAAGUUCACGAGAGUCCUACUGCCGUUGGACCUGCUGGGAAUUACCAAUAGCAAUGUGCACGACACCCUAGAAACCAACUACGAAUCCCGCGCAGUAUUCUCGUACAUGCAAUACUCUCGCAACACGUCCCAGCUGAUGCCUUUACGCAUGGAUGAAUCUGUCAGCCAGCGAUGGGGGGUCAACAUCACUAUUGGCUCACCCAUAAUCCAGGUGGCGCUGUUUGUACCAGAGUAUGUUUGGAUGAAGGAGUCCCAUGAAAGUAAAGAGGAUAACUCGCUGGAGAACAAUAUGGAGGAUAUUGAGGGCAUAUCAUACGCCAACAAAGGCUACCCCCAUCCUUCAAACCCCAAUAACCAUCUCAACGCCAAUCCCCAAAUGACUAACACGUGGCAUCACACUGAAGACGAAAGUUCCAACCACGACAACCACGGUCCCAUCCUCAUUCAACCAGCGUUUAAAAAACACGACAAGAAUGCGUUUACCAACGACAACUACCAAGAAAACGACUCGUCUUUCACAGCUGAAAAAUUAGACCAAGAACCUAAAGUUCUGGCUUUGUCGUUAGUCGCUGAUGAUGGGAAAACCAAAGAUGGGAAUGGCACAAAAGAUAUGGGGAAGAAGAAAUUGGUGUAUAAGAGUUUAGGGGGUAUGAGGCUGAAGAAACCCAUAAGGCUGCAAAUGUGGCUUGAUAUCGAUAGGGAGACUUUUGGGUCGAGGACGAACCCGCAAUGCGUACAUUGGUCGACUUUGAGAGGCUUCGGCGAAUGGUCCCGCGUCGGUUGUCACACGGAGAUCGACUACGACUGGUCCCCGUAUUCGGACGAGCCUCUGCUGAUCAACUGUACGUGCAACCACUUGUCCACCUUCGCUGUAUUGGUUGACGAAGUCGACAUUGAGUUCAUCCCGGAACCAUCCCUCCUAGAAUCCGUGACGUCAUACACAGCGUUCAGCAUAUCCCUACCACUGCUACUGGCUACUUGGGCGGCUCUCUGCCUAAUGCGGGGCGGCGCUGCUACCGUCUCCAACUCCAUACACAAGCACAUGAUAUUCUGCGUGUUCAUGGCAGAACUGUUGUACUUGAUCGCGCUUAAGGCAAGGAACUCCUUGGUGCAGAAUGAGUUCGCGUGCAAGCUCAUAGCGAUGUCUCUCCACUACUGGUGGGUGGCAGCCUUAGCUUGGUCGGCCUGCGACGCGUGGCAACUACGCCGCCUCGUCAGGGAGCUACGAGAUGUGAACCAUGGAGGAUUAGCGGCACAUAUGGCGGCUGCUUAUGCUGCGCCGGCCGUGGCAUUGGCUUUGGCCGCGUCGCACCAUCAGCAGCAGUAUGGGAACGCAUUAUUCUGCUGGGUGAGCUGCCACGAGGGCGUGGUGUGGUGGGUGGUGGUGCCAGCUGGUGCUUACGCUCUAGCUGCGUUGGCGUGCCUCGCUGCCGCCACAUCGGCUGCCUUUACCGUGCGCGACCACGUCGUGGGAUUUGGCAACUUGAGGAUGCUUCUAGCUGUGAGCGUAAUCUGCCUGCCUCUCCUAACGGCGGCAUGGGCCAGCGCUCUGGUGCUGGGCAGCGAGACGGGCGCCCGGCGAGGGAUGCUGAGUUCGAUUCUCGCGGGGGCCAUCACAUUACACGCGGCUGCGUCGGCGUUGGGCCUGAUCGCGUUCAAUGUGCGAGCGAGAGACAAUUUGCACAGAACGAUGCUGAGAUGUCUGGGAAAGAAAGUUCCCCUCGCUGACACUUCGGUCAUAGUCAGCAGCAGUGCACAGAACCUGUCACAGGUCAACAGGUCAGCUCUAGCGUACCACAGCAGCACUGAGCCCGGCCGGCAAUUGCGAAACAUUGGCAUCUCUGCUUCGUCCACCACCUCUAGAUCCACUACUAAGACUAGUUCUAGUCCUUACAGUCGCAGCGACGGCCAACUGCGUCACACGAGUACGUCGACGUCAAAUUAUAAUACCAGCGCAAGUGACAUGCCGGCCUAUCUCAGAGGGUUUGACUCCUCACUACACACCAGAAAAGACGACCAAGGCCGUCGUCGGCGCAAAGCGGCCACAGACGGCGAGACCACAGCAGAAACCGGCGAAGAGGCUACCGAAGCCACCGAUAGCGACAGCGAUGGAAGCGACCGCAGCCUGGACUUAGCUUCAAGCCACUCCUCUGACGAUGACGAGACCAGUGGCCGCCGCGCCAGCCACCCACCUUCUGUCGCCAGGGAUCGAGGAACGAGCGGGAACGGUGGAGGCUUUUUACCAAAUAUCACCGAAGGGGCUCCUUUGGGCAUCACGCCGCGAUGGCAACCUCAUAUAAGAGAAGAAGGAAACCGUCCAGAAAUGGGCCGGUGGUCCCAAGAGACCGGCUCCGACAACGAAGCACUGAACGGGAUGGCUUCGCCUUCACCCAAUCCACUUCCAAACCCGGACCUGACUUCAGACGUGUACCAGCUCGGCCGCCACCGCGCCAAGCCCUCCAUACUGGAGAACGUUCACGAUACUUACGUGGCCAGCGUGGAAGCUUCCAGACUGCCGCUGGAUAACAGAUACGGGCUAGAAGACGAGCUUAUGUACGGCGUUCUACCGAACGACGGCGAGAAGCAAGUUCCUUACGACCCCAACUAUCCAAUGUCUCCCACGAUGUACCGUUUGGCGGGAAACCCUUACGGAUCCAAGACCUACCUCUCAUCAAGAACGUCAGACUACGGCUACAGCCCUACCAAAUACCUAAAUACUGACACCAACGUCUACGGGUCAAGGGACUUCAGGGAUUCGGGGGUAUCCACAAGGGAGCACGACGGGUAUCCCCCCAGGGAUUUUAGGGAUUCCGGGAUCGCUACUAUGUUGAAGAACGACUACCAGAGGAAAAUGGAUAGUCAUUACGGCCAGGAUUACAAUGAGAGGAUGUCUGAUGGGUCAGACAAACAUCACCCUCAUGAUAAAUACCUGUUCCCGUAUACAGCGGAGGAGGACCACGCGAGCUUGCGCGGCGCCCAGCCCUCGCGUAGUGACCUAGCGCACGCAGGUGAACCUCAACAACAAAUGGGAGCGCCGCUAGCGAGUAUGGGUGAGACUAGCGAGAAAUCUACUACUGAAGACGACGCUGAAACAAGAGUGUGAAUUAUUUACAAUAAACGUGUGAAUGUACAAGAUUUCCAAUGAAUCUCAAUU